AACGGGGCUUUAAACUAAGCUUUUAAAUGUUUUUGAAAUCUGGUAAUAGUAUAAAACAUAUUAAAAUCCAAGGUGUUGACGGAAAUAAAAUUGUUCUGGUCGAUACAUAUUAAAUAUUAUACCGUUUAAUUGUAUUAAAACGGCAACUGUAAUCUCUGAAUAUUAACAAUGUCUGAUAAAAUUUCGUAUACCUCCGAUUUUAAAAAGUUUUGUAGAACAUGUUUGUUACCAUUCGAUGAACAACAAACUUUUUCAAUGUACAACGACACCCUUAUUGCUAAACAGUUGAGCAAAAUAACACAAGUUCAAUUUGUACACCAUUCAGCAUUGUCUACAGAAUUGUGUUUGAAAUGUUAUCAGCACCUAAAAACAGCGAUAGAUUUCAGAGAGCGAGUAAAAAAAAUUGAAUCUCAAAUGCAACAAAUUGUGAUAUUACUGAAUGAAGCCAGUAAAAUUCCAAAUGUUGAAAUUGUUGAGCCUGAUAGUGAUAAUUCUGUAGAGAAUAAUGUAGAUAAUAAUAUAGAAGAGGCUAAUACACAAAUGAGGGAAGAUUUACAAUGUACAAAUGAUAAUGAAUGUGUUAUAGAAUUUGAGGAAGAUACAUAUAACAUUCAAAAUGAUGUAACUGUAAAAAUUGAGAAUGAUAUUGACAGUAAUCCUUCUAAUCAAGAAGGUGAUAAAGGUAAAGCGCCAACUCCAAGGAAAGCAUUAGCAUGUUCUUAUUGUGGGAAAGAAUUUAAAAGCCGAAGUAACGUUUUGUACCAUGAAAAAGCCAUUCACGCAAGGGAAAAGAAACACAAAUGCACCAUGUGCGGUACUGAUUUGUUAUUUUAUAACGAAUACGAUUUAAUGAAAAUCAUUUCUCAUUUUUAAGAUAAAUCGUUUAUGCGCAGGAAGUUUUUACAACGUCAUAUCAAUAUGCACACAAAUACCAAGCCUUUUUCCUGUAAAAUUUGUAAGAAA